AUGAAGGAUCGGACUCAGGAGCUGCGGAGUGCGAAAGACAGCGAUGAUGAAGAGGAGGUGGUCCACGUGGAUCGAGACCACUUCAUGGAUGAGUUCUUUGAGCAGGUGGAAGAGAUCCGAGGCUGCAUCGAGAAACUGUCUGAGGAUGUGGAGCAAGUGAAAAAACAGCACAGCGCCAUCCUUGCUGCCCCCAACCCUGACGAGAAAACUAAACAGGAGCUGGAAGACCUCACGGCAGACAUCAAAAAGACGGCAAACAAGGUCCGGUCCAAGUUGAAAGCGAUCGAGCAAAGCAUUGAGCAGGAAGAGGGGCUGAAUCGUUCCUCUGCGGACCUGCGCAUCCGCAAGACCCAGCACUCCACACUCUCACGGAAGUUCGUGGAGGUAAUGACCGAAUAUAAUGCAACUCAGUCCAAGUACCGGGACCGCUGCAAGGACCGCAUCCAGAGGCAGCUGGAGAUCACUGGCAGGACUACUACCAACGAAGAACUGGAAGACAUGUUGGAAAGUGGGAAGCUGGCCAUCUUCACAGACGAUAUCAAAAUGGACUCGCAGAUGACGAAGCAAGCCCUGAAUGAGAUUGAGACAAGGCACAAUGAGAUCAUCAAACUGGAGACCAGCAUCCGGGAGCUGCACGACAUGUUUGUGGACAUGGCAAUGCUUGUAGAGAGCCAGGGUGAGAUGAUUGACCGAAUUGAGUACAACGUGGAACAUUCUGUGGACUACGUGGAACGAGCCGUGUCGGACACCAAGAAAGCUGUGAAAUAUCAGAGCAAGGCCAGGAGGAAGAAAAUUAUGAUCAUCAUUUGCUGUGUGGUGCUGGGGGUGGUCUUGGCGUCAUCCAUUGGGGGGACACUGGGCUUGUAG